UUCUUCUUCUUUGUGCUCUUGCGCGUUUCUGACCUCUGCAGACUGAAAGCGGUCCUCAAGUGCAGCGAAAUGGUUCCUCCAGUGCAAGUGUCGCCACUGAUUAAGACUGCCAGGUGGUCUGCGUUGCUCGUUGGCAUUAUCUAUGGAAAGCGCAGAUAUGAUAACCUGAAACCAAUUGCAGAGGAGGAGAGGAGAAUAGAAGAGGAGGAGAAGAAGGUGCGAGAGGAGCAGGAGCGCAUCGCUAAACAGCUAGCAGAAGCUAAUGAGGACACAAUCCUGAAAUGAGCUGCCCAAAAUGAAGUUUCCAUCAUAAUCGAUUCCUGUCUGGAUAAAGGACGGUGCUUGUAAUCAACCGUUUUGGUUUUACGGUGCCCUUUUCACACCACCCACAGAUAUUUAAUGUCAGAUUAAUGUUCCUUUUUGUGAAAUAGUCUCUGAAUACAUGCAAAUAUAUGAGCUUGACCUUGUAUACAGUUACUCUGAUCUGGUUUGUUCUUUUCCCGAAUACCUUCAAUUACAGAAGAGACAGAUGUUGUACAUGAUUAAUACACACUGAAUAAGACUUUCACUUUGGUAAUCAUCCACACCAAUAUUUAUUAAUAAAAUGGUAAUCCGU